CUUCGGAAAUGUGAUUGAUAUUGCCAUGAUAUUUGUUGAUUAUUCUCUGGUCAUCGUGGUUAUAAUCAAUUCAUGACAGAAGUUCAUAUUCCUUCUAUUGUACUUUAAUCAUUAUCUCCAUCGAUAAUCAAUUGAUUUUGCCUCAACAAACUUAUCGAUAAGCCGAUCCAGUGGCCCGAUCGGGACUGUCUUCCCGUGACCGACACCGAAAAUUACCGUCACAAAACCCGACUCUCUCCUCAUCUCCUCACAUCCUCUCCCUCUCAUUACUUACCUCUCCCUCCUCCUCUUCCCUCUUCCCCCCCUCAUUCCUCCCCUUUGCUCCUUUUCUGUUUUCUAUUCCUUUUCAAGUUCCCUAGGGGUUGCUGGAGUAAUUGCCAACAUGAGUGCUUUCUCCCCCGACAACAUUACCGGGGCCUUCAUACCCUCGGCCCUCUUUGUCGCCGGAACUUUCUUCUUCAAGCAGGAAUUGACCCCCUUUGCCGUCGCUCUGGCCGCGGUCCUGGUCGGCUGGAAGGUCUUCAACAACAAGCCCAGAAAGGUCCUCAACCCCGGUGAUUUCCAGCACUUCACCCUGAAGGAGAAGAACGACAUUUCCCACAAUGUCACUGUCUACCGUUUCGCCUUGCCCCGUCCUACCGAUAUCCUGGGUCUGCCCAUCGGUCAGCACAUCUCGCUUGCCGCCACCAUUGGCGGUAAGGAGGUUGUCCGCUCCUACACCCCCAUCUCCUCCGACAACGAGGCUGGUUACUUCGAUCUCCUUGUCAAGGCCUACCCCCAGGGUAACAUCUCCAAGUACUUGACCACCCUGGAGGUUGGUCAGACCAUGAAGGUCCGUGGCCCCAAGGGCGCCAUGGUGUACACCCCCAACAUGUGCCGUCACAUUGGUAUGAUCGCUGGUGGUACUGGUAUCACCCCCAUGUACCAGAUCAUCAAGGCUAUUAUCCGCAACCGUCCCCGUAACGGUGGAAACGACACCACCCAGGUUGACUUGAUCUUCGCCAACGUGAACCCCGACGAUAUUCUCAUGAAGGAAGAGCUCGAGCAGCUGGCCAAGGAGGACGACGGCUUCCGCAUCUACUACGUCCUCAACAACCCCCCCGAGGGCUGGACCGGUGGUGUUGGUUUCGUCACCCCUGACAUGAUCAAGGAGCGCCUUCCUGCCCCCGCUAGCGACAUCAAGAUCCUGCUCUGCGGUCCUCCCCCCAUGGUUAGCGCCAUGAAGAAGGCUACCGAGUCUCUCGGAUACACCAAGGCUCGUCCCGUCAGCAAGCUCGAGGACCAGAUCUUCUGCUUCUAAGGCAGCAAGGAGAAAUGACUUCUUUGAGCGAAUUGGCAGAUAACAUAGAUUGUCUCUGCCUCACAGAUUCCGGUAAUUGAUAGAUUGUCGAUAGAAAGGCCCGUUACGGGCCGACCGUUGGUCAUCUGGGUG